UGAAAUCCUCACUUGAAGUUAUAUCUUAUAUCUUUCAAUAUACUAUAUUAUGGUUUAUUGGUUUUACUUUCUGUAACUUCCACGGUCACGGCACUUCCAACUAUUAGCGUUAGUUCCUUUCUCAACUAAUACCACAUCCAAGUAACCGGUUUAGAUGUACGUAAACAACAAGUUCUAAAAUAAGCUAGACCAUUCCUACAAUGAACUCCGCCUGGAUUAGUUUCAUCUUACUGAUUGGUAACGCAUUAGGUUGCGACAAAACGAAUUGCGUAACCUUGUCGUUAUGCCCCGCUCUUCAAAGGUACGUCACAAACCCGGUAACGAAUUUGGCGCUUAGAAAUGUUGAAAAAUUAAUUUGCGAAAUUGACGAAGACGUGCGAAUUUGCUGUGAUCAAAUGGCCAUCGCUAAUCUUCAGAAGGAAAGCAAAUCUUUUUAUGACAAUACGAAGACCUGCGGAAUUCAGGAUCCUACUUACGAGUUCCCAUGGAUGGUCGGUUUAUUUGCUUUUGGGAGGCCGCUUUGUAGCGGUGCUCUUUUGAAUGAACGUUACGUGUUAACUUCGGCAAGUUGCAUAUCGUACAACGGAAGCUUAGAUCUAUUUAGUAUUCUACUGGGGGAUCUCAACCUGAAGAGCAAUUCUUGUAAUCAAACAAAUUACGCGACUAAAGAAUGCAUACAGAUGAAAUUUUUGUCAGUCGAAGAAACGAUUCCUCAUCCAUUGUUUAACGGAACCUUCAACAAUGUGGGGUUGAUUCGCUUAAAUGAGAGUGUCGUGUACACAGAUUACAUUCAACCCAUUUGCCUACCAGAGGCUACAUCCAAUUGGCCCGCAAUGAAUUCAAUGUACACCUCCGCAUUUAACUUUGACCCAAAAACUGAAAGGGAAAAGUUCAAGAGAACUACAACUGUAAUUCUAAAACCACUGGAUAUGUGCAGGGAAUGGUAUAAAAGUCAUGGUCACACAAUAACGUUAAACGAACUCAACUUUUGCUCCAUUGACAAGGAUGAUACGCCGCCGGCAUUCGCCAGUACAGUCGUCGACUGUGGAGCACCAGUCGUCACUUUUCAUAACAAUAUAUGGUAUGCUGAAGGAAUAGUUUCUUUGCCUACGAAUGUUACUGAUCGACAGAGACCGAUCGUACACACCAAUGUUAGUUAUUAUUUGGAUUGGAUACACAGUAAUAUGAAGGAUUGGGAAUAAGUGACUGAAGAUUUAAUCCAAUGUUGCGCUGUUAUUAUGCUCAUUAUAUGUUUGCCUUAGUCGUGUACGUCGAUUUCAAAAAAGGAAUUGAAAUAUAUUGUUGCUUUCAGAA